AUGUCCGAGCAGAAGGGCCUCUUCUCGACGCUCUCGCUCGGACGGACCCGCAGCGGCGGCGUCAAUCGCGUUACGUCCGAGCCCAUCGCACAUCCCCUUCUCGGUACGGACGACACCAAGGACAAGGACCUCAAGGAUGAGCCUGCUGCAGCCGCCGACGGUUCACUUCCUUACAAACCCAGGCAGAGAAACAGUCAGUGGCCCAACGCUGCCCCGAGCCCAACUCUCCAGCCAUCGCCUGCCACCACGACUGCGGCACCUGCGCCAAGCUUCGCCGGUGAAGCAGACACCGCCGCCGGCAAGUUACAGCUUCAGUCUCUCAAAGCAGCCGCACAGCGACUCGGAUUGAAGAACGGAAGCAUGGGCAUGGGCAUGAUCGAGGCCAUCUACGACAAGGGAACGCGAGCGCGCGAUGCUGGCGACUGGGCUGAGCUACUGAAGGUCCUCACAUCGAACAAAGCGGUCCUGCUUCUGCCCGAGACCGCAGCGAGCUCUCUGCCUAUGACGCCGCAGACCCUCCGGGAUCACAUCGGCUUUAUCGCACCGCCCUCUGGAGAUGGUGCCGUCGUCAUCACCCUCUCCGGCCUCAUCGGAACGCUGCGCGGCACGGUGCUCUCGUUCGAGAGUACAGCGCCCGGCUCUCCACUUCUGGCUGCCCUGCGGGACGACGAGAAGCGCACGGCCAUGCUCUCGACCUUCCGACCGACCGAGACGUCCGAGGCGCUCGAAUUUCCGGGUUUCACAGUCUCGUCCGAGCCAUCGUCUCUGCCAUUUCCGCCGCUGGGCAAACAGCAUCAGUCCGAGCGACGAGAUGUUCCUGGUCGUCGCAUGGGAUUUAUGUCUCUGUUCGGAUCGAGUGGAUCCGGCACUCCGAUGCAGGGACGAUCACUCAGCCCCGAGAGAGCGACAAGUCCAACACCCCCGUCUCGUGUACCGAGUCCCCGACCGAGCGUCAUGUCGUUGGAGGAUGAUUCCGAAGGUUAUUCUGUGACGGCAUACAUGGUCGACAAGCCCGUUCGCUACGCGGAAGUCCACAAGCACCUCGUAAAGGCCGUCCGCUCGACUGUAAAGAAGGGUCUGGAGGGUCUUCCGGAUCGUGUGGCUGACAAGGUGGUGAAGCUUGUUAUGUCAAGCAUCUGCCCGAUCGCUGGAAGCACUGUGGACCAGGCGCUUCUAAAGAGUCACCACCGGGGUUACAGCGACGCAGAUGGUGCGAUUCCCCUGGACUUUAGCGACCCGGCAUUGUGUGGCGAGCGGCUACAAGACUUUAUGGAGGCAAUCUACGACGACCUCAUUAAGCAUUACCGCCCGCGCCGAUCUGUCGACACGACGCGCAGCGGGCGCAGCUUAGAUGAGGAGGAAGAUGACACUGAAGCGAGUGCGGGCACGGAGAGAGUCGAAGCCCUUGUGUGCUCGAUGCUCUACAACCGCAUUUUCUCCCCCUUGUCUUCCGACGACGCAAAUCACGAUGAGGCGUUAGCCUCUCGGAUAGCCGGCCUGAACAUGGCUGAGCUGACACUCGACCACCUUGGCCUUAUCACUCGUCCUCCCGGAGACGAUGGGAAGCUUGCUGCUGGCCUCGACGGAAUUGUUGAACAAGUUGGUGCGGAAUUGCAGAAGCUGAACGCGCCGCACUGCUUGAAGCCGAAAGACAAGGUGGACGUGCUCGUCGCCGCCCACAAGUUGGUAGUUGAUGGACUCGCCAAACUUCCUCCAGUCAAGCUGCGCCCCGAGGGAGAACCUUACCAGCCUCCUGGCCCAGGUGAAACAGCCGAGUUAUCGGAAAUCAAAGCCGACACAAAACCUGAGCCUGCGUCGGUUGACCUGAAUGCGGACGAGGACGCUUCAGAGGACAGGGGUGAAACGAGCAAAGAUGCUACGCCCAUGUCAGAAGAGACAUCCGAAGCACAGCAAGAGACGCGUCCGGAAGAUGACACGGGUACAACCGCCAGCGGUGCCGACCUCAUUCUCCCACUCAUCAUCUACUCGGUCGUCAAGUCUAAUCCCGCUCACCUGGCCUCGCAGCUGAUGUACGUGCGGCGCUAUCGCUCGAGUAUCCUUCUUCGCGGCGACCAGUCCUACGCGAUCGUCAACCUCACGGCCGUCGUUGAAUUCCUUGAACACGUUUCACUCGCCGAGCUGGGUUUAGGCAGCUACUCGAGCCGUGUGUUAAGCGUCGCGGAUCUGACCCCCAUUGGACUUGGAGAGAUGGACCCGGACGUGGCAUCGGCGAGCACCCGCCUGAAGAGCCGCGUAUUCGCUGUGGGCGAGCUGGCUGUCGGCAGCGCAAACAAGGUUUUGAGCGGCAUCGCCGACAGCGGAUGGAGUGCAAUGCGUGGUUUCAUGAGUCCGGACCACCUCGCCCCGCCAGGCGCUGGAGCGCAACCACAAUCACCAACGAGCCCCACCCAGCCCGGAAGACCGCGUGGGGCAAGCACCUUUAGUCUUGCGAGCGUCACGGCGAGUGUCGCAAACAUUGCUGCUGCUGCCAGCACAGCCGCUGCGCGGACAAGGUCGCAAGCUGGUGCAGAGGAAGAUCUGGUUGGUGGCAAGGAGUUAGUCGACGUUCCCGCCUCAUCGCGCCCCGAGACGCCUGCCCAGGUGUACGGCUCGCCUGUCGAGGAAGGGGAGAACCUACUCGGAGCGUCCUUAGGGCGUUCGCGCUCCCACUCGGACGCCCGCUCGACCCGCUCCACGCGCUCUGACACACGGCCCGGUCCUGCUUCGCGUACAGACUCAAAGUCCGAGCUCAAGUCCUCGACUGGUCCCAAGGAGAAGGGGCAGAAGGGAGAGAAGAGCCGCUUCGCCUCCUUCGGUCGGCUGUCAAGCUCGGAAAACCUCGCCGAAGCGAAAGACAAGGGUGGCUUCUUCUCUGCAUUGACUGCGCGCCAGGCAAGGCGACCGAGCAUCAUGACGAGUCUCGAUGAAGGAGCACCUGCGAGCGAAGGGGAAGAUUUCGAACCGCCCGUCGAGCGUUGGAUGGUCUGCGACCCGGGCGAGCUCAGAGUUGGAGAAGUGGCAGCAUUGUUGAGAGACUACAGGAGGCUUGCGGGUGUCGUCGCGAAGCUGCAGAGAGAGAGAGAACGAGAAUAG